CAUAACGAUCGCGUACGUCGAUCACGAAAGUUCAAGCAUCCUAAAUUUAGCGCGAAUUCAAAAUUUUACGACGAGACACUAACACCUGGUAAUCGGCAUAUCUAGAUCAACUUAAAAAGAUUUGGCUUCGAUUUAGAAACAAUAGGUGUGUUAUGAUGGCUGCCUUGAAGGACAUGUCAGAGUCAGAUGUCGCUCCUGAAUUGUCUGGGCUUCAAAUGUUACCAUUAGUGGAAUUAUAUCCUUCCAGCUCAUUGCUUAACAGAUAUGUUAUGGGUAAAAUAGUUGACCGAAGUCCAUUGAUAACUAAAGGCAAGCUACCAGUCUUGAAGUUUGUUUUGGAGGAGUCUUCUUCAUCCUGUCGCAUUAAUGUUUAUACAUUUGGUGACUAUGCAACAGGGAUUGAUGCUUAUAAGGAUGGGGAUACCAUCUUUAUCAGCAAUGUUAUGAUAGAACGUUCUCAUACAUUCUCUAAAGAUAACCAUCAUAAGUGUCAUCUUAUGGUUCAUAAAGCUAGAAGUCAUGCUCGUAUUUGGGUAUGUCCACAACAAAAUAAAAAUGGUAACAAUGCUGCACCCGUAUCAGCAGCCACUUGCACUACUACAGCAUCCACAAGUACUACAGGCCCUACAACAUCCACAGGCAUUACAAAGGCCCAAGGUGAUGGAGGGAGUGUGCCUGGAACACCUUCUAAGGUCACCCAUGGCAGGUUAAUUGAUAUCAAUGCAGAAUCUUCUCCAAAUAAAUCCAACAGAACAUAUAAAUAUACAUGUUUGAAUGACAUCAAGGAGACUGGCUCUGUCGAUGUUUAUGGUGUUGUCAAAUUUUUCAAGCCACCAUACAAAACGAAAGGCCCAGACUAUUGUAUGUCCCUGACCAUCGUGGAUCCAUCUCUGCCUGAGGAAGAUUCUGGUCUGAAAUGUGUUCUAUUUCAACAGGACAUCAAGAAACUCCCUGAGGUGCUUAGCAAAGGAGAUAUCGUCAGACUACACAGACUUAGAAUCCAGAAAUACAAUAGUGAUUUCCAAGGAGCCAAGGGGAAUGGGUUCUCAAGUCUAGUAUUUGAUGGCAGACCCAACACUCCUUUGGAACCCAGGUCAUCCAGUGUUAACUACACUUUAACAGAUCAAGACAAGGAAAAGGUUCGUGAACUCCGAUUAUGGGCAAAACGCCAGACAUCAGUGCCCCUUGCAGGCCAGAGCUGGACCCUGUCCCAAAUAGUCUCCCGAGAGUACUUUGACCUCAUGUGCCAGGUCGUUGCUGUGGCAAUCAUCCCUGCAGAAAGUUGUGUGCUUAUCAAAGUAUGGGAUGGCACCAAAUACAAAUGGCCAGUAAGAUGUUUGGACGUGAGUAAAGUACAAGUAAAGUGGGAUACCGAGUUGGCAUGCCGAGCUGAAGGCCUGAUGCUUGAUGUCGCCCUCUAUGACAACCACAUGAAAGCUGGCCGAGAGCUGAAGCCUGGUGACUUUGUAAGACUCUACAACCUACAUGCUGCGCCCUACGUACCACCAAACACAGCACCUGCCUCAACGUCAGCUGAUCAAGAUAAUACUAACCAUAAUACAAACAUGAUCGAAUUGGUCUUGCACCGUGGAACAUCAUAUGGUCGCGGUCUGGUGGUUAUGAAAGAGUAUGAGGAGGAUGUCCGUGUCAUGAAAGGGAGAAUGGAAGAGUUAAGUAGAAGACAAGUUCAGCCAUCGAGCAAUGGUGACUGGUCACAUGAGAGUGGUCAGUCAUCAUGUGGUGGUGAUGGUGGUCAAAGGAUGGAUAGCAAUGAAAUCGAACUUGAUAACCUUGACUGGGAGAUUCCAGACUCCUUAGGAACAACCAGGUCCUCUCCAAGACAUAAGAACCCAGAGAAUGCAAGUUGGCCGAGCUCUUUCAAUAGUGGACAGGAAUUGCAGUGUAUGCAGAAACCCAUCUCAGUCAUCACACAAUACCAAGAUUGUCAGGUUUCCAAGAUAAAGCAGAUGAAGGACCAUCCUCCUCAUCUCUUCCGCUUAAAGGCUGCAGUAGUAGACUACUACCCAAGAACCAUCCAGGAUUUUGUGCAUCUUUUCUGUUCACAAUGCAGAAUGAGCUGUAGGAUACCUUCCACUCGGAGUGCUUCAAAGAGCAAACCACAUGGUAACACAGGACAGUCAAGUCCAGACAAUGACAGGAAGAGAAAAACAGCACAAGGAUUUGAGUCCCCUAGAAGAAGCAGAAGAAUCAAGAAACAAAUAGGAGAUUCAAGUGAUUCUUCACAGGAAAGAGACAAACAAAGAAAGAAGAUGGCAAAAUGCAAAGGAAGACAAGUCACAACAAAAUUGACACCUCAAAAGAACAAAGAGAAUAUUAAUGCUCUAGCUUACAUCAAAGACUUGACAGUGCAAGAGAGUUUAUCUCUAAUGAAAGAAGGGAUGCAGCUAGUCCGUGUACCAAAGCUCUAUAUGAGAGAGGCAAGACAUCAUGACAAGGGAAGACUUAGUAAUAGAACACAACUCUAUGUAUGUCCUACAUGCUGUCCAGAUCAACAUCAAGACAAAGAUGUUGUGCUUCUGCAGUAUCAUUACUGGAUCAAGCUAUGGCUGCAAGAUUCAACAGAGAGAGUAGAGACCAUCUUACAAGGUUCUGACGCUGAAUUGUUUUUUGGCACACCAGCUACCAAUCUUCAUAUGAACCCUGAUAGCAGGCUCUCCAUAGCUGAUAAGAUGGAAAGACUGUGUCCUCAUCCUUGUGAGACCAACCCUGAUACUGACCCCCCUCAGGUUAACUCUGUCACCACCAACCCCAAGCUUGAAUGCUGCGUAGAAAGACUGGUCUCUAUGAAACAUGGGUCACGCAAAGUCACAUACCAUAUGCGAGAUACCCAGCUGGCAUUAGAUGUACAUUGACAACCUAUGUUGAUUGUGUAAAACAUUGGGAAACCCAUUUGCUCGAGAGCUCGCAUUUGAAUCGUCUGGGGCUAUUAGUUUCAGCCUAUCACAUGGUCAUUAAAAAAGUGAUGAGUUUUCAGAUUAUGACAUUAUGGAGAGCAAGUACCAGUUUCAUAUCAGUAUGAGAAGAAUAAAAGAAUCAUAGACAAGCUACUGUAAUAAUGAUACAAUGUAUUCUUUAUAUAUCCAAUAUGGAUCUGCAUUACACCAUGCAUAUGGGAGCUUUGUAUUAUAUUCAAGAAGGUGUCGUUUCUGUAUUUCAUAUAACCUACAUACCCUUGUAGGGUUAGAAGUGACUACCAGUUCCAUUACCUUUUUUAAAAUGUUUGACUGAAAUAGCUCUCUUCCGAUUGUUAGCCACAGUAUUUUUUUUCCAGUGGGGCAAGAAUAUUUGGAUUGAUUCUGAUAUUAUGCAUAGCAAGUACAAUAAAUUCCUUGCCUAAAUAGAACAUUAUCUAUCUGCAUAUGUUUAAAUCUCUUUAGAAUGGUAAUAUAAUUA